CGCGCCCGAGCCGCCAUGGCGGCAGUGCCGAGAGAUGCAGGCUCCGGGCCUGCAGCGGGCGCCCGCUUCUUCUGCACGGCGGGCCGCGGUCUGGAGCCCUUCCUGAUGCGGGAGGUGCGGGCGCGGCUGGCGGCCACGCAGGUUGAAUAUAUUUCAGGAAAAGUAUUUUUCACUACCUGUUCUAACUUGAAUAUGCUGAAAAAAUUAAAAUCUGCAGAAAGAUUAUUUUUGCUGAUUAAAAAGCAAUUUCCAUUUACUGUUUCUUCUGUAAGUAAAGGAAAAAUAUAUAAUGAAAUGCAAAGACUUAUAAAUGAUGAUCCUGAAAGCUGGUUGAAUGCCAUUUCAAUUUGGAAAAAUCUGCUUGAUGUUGAUGCAAAAAAGGAAAAACUUUCUCGAAGAGAUGCUAACCCACUAAAAAGAAACGUGGAAGAAAAUGACAUCAUCCUUGCUAAGAAAUUAAAAACAGAACAAAUGGAAGAGAUACAAGAGAAUAGAGAACGCCAGCUGGAAAAACAAAUAGAAGAAGAAAUACUGGAGCAAGGAGACUUGAUCACUGAGCAAGAACAAUUUCAAGAAGAAUUUGAGAGAGGUGUAGCAAAAGUGGCAGCUGCUCGCAGCCAGAGCGACGUGACUUUCAGGGUUUCUUGCCGCUGCGGUGGAGCUAUUGCAAAGGCCUUCCCUGCACAGGAGGUAGGAAGAGUAAUUGGAAUUGCCCUUAUGAAACAGUUUGGAUGGAAAGCAGAUUUGAGGAAUCCAGAUUUGGAGAUCUUUAUACAUCUAAAUGACAUUUACUCUGUGGUGGGAAUUCCAGUGUUCAGGGUUCCUUUAGCCAGCAGAGCUUACAUCAGGACAGCGGGCCUGAGAUCUACCAUAGCUUGGGCAAUGGCCUCUCUCGCUGAAAUUAAGGCUGGUGCAUUUGUUUUAGAUCCAAUGUGUGGACUUGGAACAAUACUUUUGGAAGCUGCUAAAGAAUGGCCAGAUGUGUAUUAUGUCGGUGCUGAUGUCAGCAACUCACAGUUACUUGGUGCGUGUGACAAUCUGAAAACUGCUGGCCUUAAGGAUAAAAUUGAGCUCCUUAAAGUCUCUGUUAUAGAAUUGCCAUUGCCUUCAGAAAGUGUCGAUAUUAUUAUUUCUGACAUUCCAUUUGGGAAAAAGUUUAAGUUAGGAAAAGACAUCAAAAGCAUUCUGCAAGAAAUGGAAAGAGUGCUUCACGUUGGCGGGACUGUCGUACUGUUGCUCAGCGAAGAUCACCACAGGCGCCUUAAAGACCGUGAGCAGAGCAGCAUCCCCGUGAGUUCGCAGGGCAGCCACACAGGUGAACCUGGAAUUGAAAAGUGUUUGAAUCCUGAUGAAGAACCUGGCGUAUCAGAGACAGUGUCAUCUUCAUUUGAAGCCGGUCACCAGGAAUGCAUAGACAAAAUGCCACCGUUUGGCUCUUUGGUGCCAGUGGAAUGCUACAGAGUUAGCCUUGGAAAAACAGGUGCAUUCAUAUGUAAAUAUAAGAAGUCACACUCUCCUGGACUAGAGCAGGCUGGCCACUGUAGGCCCAGUUCAAGUCCUUAUGCCUCAGCUGUACAGCAGUAGAAGGUGGUUGUCUCCAGGAUCUUGAUAGUGCCACAGAGUUCCAGGUAAACAGACUCCCCUGAAGCCAGGAGUGUGGCUGAGGGACCCAGGCCCUCAGUCAGCUUCUCUUUAGACUCUAAAGGGCUUAAUGUGGUCUGACAAAGAACAACGAAUAAAUACUUAAACUAAAGCACUCUUAAACUUUGUAUUCUGUCAGAAUGUGAAACGUUCUGCUCUGCCUGCACAGUUUCUGACCAGAACCUUCAGUUUCCAAACAGAUGUUUUCAGAGGUUCUCAUAAAGUGAGUUGUAAACAUCACAAGCUUGGUAAUAUUUUAACUAUCAGAUUUUUUAAGAUGUAGAAACUUUUAUGUAUUACUUCUUUUGAUAUUAAACUUGAUUUUUUUGAACCUGU